AGCCAGGCUUCAGGUAGGCAGUAUCAUGUGUGCCCGCCGUCUCCCCCUCACACUGCCGCACGUGAUGACGGGCCCGGUAACCUGCACAGGAGGAGAGGGAAGGUAUCGGAGUGAACUGCGGAUUGAUGGACUGCACCAUCCCGUGCCAGGAGGGGUGGACGGAUAAGAGAAGACACAUCCUCCGCCCCGCUCUGCCCACGUCCCCCCAGCGGCAGCACAGAGCCCCCGCCAUCUGAUCAGAAUAAGGAGCGGAGCCGUGUGCCGGCCAUCGUCCUGCCUCUCCUUCUCCCGCUGCUGACCUGUCCCCGCCUUCCUUCCCUCCCUCCCCGCACAGUCUGCUGGCUCUGCUGCAGGGCACAGCCUCCACCUCUCGUUGUUUGUUGUCCUUGAUCAUCGUGGACGAUCCGUGACAACGGGGGCAGAGAUGGGGCGCAGCUGGUAAGCCGGUCCACGUGACCCCCCGGAGGAGCUCUAUCCCAGGAGCGGAGGAGGAUGAGCAGCGCCCGUUGAGCGAGCAGCCUCGUACCCGCUCCCGACCUCUUUCCUGCCCGCAGGUGAAAAGCUAUCAUCUUUAACCAAGGAUGCCACUCGUUAAAAGAAAUAUCGACCCCAGGCAUCUGUGCCACACUGUCCUGCCAAGGGGAAUCAAGAAUGAAUUAGAAUGUGUGACAAAUAUUUCUUUGGCAAAUAUUAUUAGGCAGCUUAGUAGCCUGAGUAAAUAUGCAGAAGAUAUAUUCGGGGAGCUGUUCAAUGAGGCCCACAGCUUUUCCUUCAGAGUGAACUCCUUACAAGAACGUGUUGAUCGGUUAUCUGUCAGUGUGACACAGCUAGAUCCUAAAGAGGAAGAACUGUCAUUACAGGACAUCACAAUGAGGAAGGCGUUCAGAAGCUCCAUUACACAGGAUCAGCAGUUGUUUGACCGUAAAACUCUGCCAAUUCCUCUCCAUGAAACCUAUGAAUUGUGUGAACAUCCUCCACCUCUUAAUAUACUAACACCAUACAGAGAUGAUGGCAAGCAAGGGUUAAAGUUUUACACCAACCCAUCCUACUUUUUUGACUUGUGGAAAGAGAAGAUGAUUCAGGACACUGAGGAUAAACGGAAAGAAAAGAGAAAGCAGAAGCAAAAGAAUAUUGAUCGUCCACAUGAGCCCGAGAAAGUGCCUCGAGCUCCACAUGACCGACGUCGUGAGUGGCAGAAGUUAGCUCUUGGUCAAGAACUGGCUGAGGAUGAUCUGGAUUUACACAAGCAUAUAGAAAUUGUUAAUGGACCAGCCUCUCAUUUUGAAACAAGACCACAAGCUUAUGGUGAGACUGCAGAUGGGCCCUUCUCACUUGCUGCACUUCCGUAUAGCCAGAUGAACGAUCUCCUAAACAGGGUUGAAGACCGGGUACUGGUGAGACCCCAUGAGCCACCACCGCCUCCACCAAUGCAUGCUGCUGGAGAUGGAAAAGCCAUGCCUGUUAUCAGUGCCACACAAGGAUUGUCUGAAAACCGGCCACAAUCUCCAGCCAUGGGUAGAACGCCAGUGUUUGUGAGCCCCUCUCCACCACCUCCACCUCCUCCACUUCCUCCCCCUCCUCCACCGCUUCCAUCUGCCCUUUCUGCUUCCUCUCUGCGAUCAUCAAUAUCCUCCACUCCUCCACCUCCCAUUCCUCCACCACCCCCACCACCUACAGCUAACAUGCAAACUACUGUUGUGCCACCUUUACCAACUCCUCUGCAGAUAGCACCUGGAGUACUUCAUCCAGCUCCACCACCUGUAGCUCCACCCCUUGUACAGCCCUCUCCACCAGUAUCCCGUUCGGCUCAAGUAUCUGAAACUGUGCCAGUUCAUCCACUUCCCCAAAUUGAGGCACAGGGUCUUCCACCACCUCCUCCUCCUCCACCUUUACCUCCACCUGGGAUGCGCCCCUCCUCUCCUGUUGCAAUCCCACCCCUCUCACAUGCUCCUGCUGGACUACAUCCUCUUGCUUCCAUUGUGCCCGGUUCUCAUGCUCCUCUUCUGCCCCCAUCCCCUCCAUCUCAAGUUGCGCCUGAUUCUAAGAGACACCCAUCAAAUCUCCCAGUUAUCAGUGAUGCUAGAAGUGUUCUGCUGGAAGCAAUACGAAAAGGUAUUCAACUCCGUAAAGUGGAAGAACAGCGAGAGCAAGAAGCUAAGCAUGAACGCAUUGAGAAUGAUGUAGCCACCAUUCUGUCCCGACGCAUUGCUGUGGAAUACAGCGACUCCGAAGAUGAUUCAGAGUUUGAUGAGGUGGAAUGGGAAUAAAAUGUUAUAUAUUACAAACAACAAACUGGAAUGCUGAUGUCAAUUGUGGUGCUUGUUCUUUGAAAAAAAGUUUGGUCAUUUUUAGUGUUUUGUAUCUCUAUUAAUUUAUGCCACCAAAAUAAACAAGGGUUUUCUUUUUUUCACUUUUAGUUUACAGCAAAGAAAUAGCAUCUUCAGAAUUUUACAGUGAGUUUUACAGUUAUUUUACUGGGAGGCUAUGACUAUAUUUCAUUAGAUCACUAAGUAUUAAGCAGCUGUCAGUUUGUAGUAUAGAAAGUUGGAUUUAUUUUUUAUUUUUUUAUUUACUUGUGCACUUUGUGAAUUUUAAUUUAAUGAAGGUGAUCGGAGAGUGAAAUUCCAAGGGCAGCUGUAUCUAAUGUAGGCCUUAUUUUAUUUAAUGAGAAUUUCAGACCAUUAAUACUAGGUAACAAUUUCUACUGCUUGAAUUAGGUCUAUACACUGAGACAAACAAGCUGAACUGUCCCCUGCACCCAGGAAAAGUAACCAUGCUGUGCUCAAUGAGGUGUAUUACGCUAAAAGGAUCCUACAUCAUUGCACAAAAUGGCCAGCUCCACUGUGUGUGGGUAAACAAGUUUGCUUUAUGGUUUUGAAUAUGUUGACAUGAACUUUUUGUUGUUGUUUUUUUUUUUCAUUUUUUUUUUUUUUUUUAUGAUGGCCUUAUUUGAAUGCUGAGGUAUUUUUUUAUGUACAUGUUGUUCGGUACUAUUUUGCCUGUAUUCUAAAGUAAAAGAAAAUUCAUGUGAAAACUGACUUUAAACAUUCGAUGUAACUUAUGUAACUGUUAAGAAAACAGAUUGAUUUGAUUUAAUAAAUUCCUCAUUUUAAGUGGAA